AUUGUAUUGAUGUCGCUGUGCGUCACUUCAUGAUUGGAGUGGGUCUGAGAGUUAAUCGACGAGAGAUAGCAGUUAGUGGUCUACUAAUACAGCAGAAAAGUUGAGAGCAACAACCAAGAUUUCCUAUGAAGACGAGUGAACGACUAUACAGCGCUAGAUGUUGUUAGUCGAAGGGAACUUCCACGAGUUGACGUCUUAUUUUGAAAUUCGGUGUGCAGAGCAGACAUCUGAGGGUCGGGUAGUAAGAAAAGUUAAAGUAAACAAGGAGAAGGACCGUGACUAGAGUUACACGCGCGCGCCUGUAGACUUCCUAGACAAGCCUGUUCUAGAUCGAAAACUUGCUAGUACACAUACUUUUUGUCUCCUUUUUCAGUUCCUCCUCAUAUAAGACAAAUAAGAAAACACAAGAUGUUGUCGAAAAUGGCAUCCAGACGGGCUAUUCUUGGCCACCAGUCAAGGGCCUUCGCGACCGGCUCCCAGGAGCACAGAGUAGCUAUACUCGGUUUUGGGACCGUCGGAAAAGGUUUCGCUGAGAUCGUGAAGAUAAAGAACGAUAUGCUCAAUUAUGACAGGACGACCGAGAAAAUAUUAAAAUCCACUAGUCAAUCGUAUGAACUUUGAUAUUGUAGUAAGAGUAACUGACAUGAUGAUUUCUCGAUUGUCAUUGCUCUUUCUCUAAUCCAUGCAGAAAUGUGGACUCAAUGUCAAGAUCGUUGCUGUUUCCGAUUUUCACAAGGGCAGUGUAUACGCUCCUGACGGCUUGGAUGUCGAUGCGCUUCUGAAGUGGGACGCGGAGGGCAAAAGUCUGAACGAGUUUGGCAAAGACAAAGCCGGCUACAAGCACGAGAUGGAUGCCCUUGCGACAUGCAAAGUAAAACUGCUUCAUCAGUUGAAUAAUUAAUGUUAAACUUAAUCAAUAAUCAUGAUGAUGAUGAUCAUCUUCUUAAUCAGAGUGUUUUUGCAGAUGGUGAAAAAUGAACUAGAACAAGAUGUAGAUGAAGCACCAUUGACACUACAUAAUUUUUUUAGCAAAAGAAAUCCACCUCAAUUCUGGCCAGUUCGUUGAGGCUGACAGUUUGUUGGAGAUGACGUGGACGAAUCUUGAUGACGGAACACCAGCAAUUUCACACGUGGAGACAUGUUUGCAGAACGGGAAGAACGUGAUUACCACCAACAAAGGCCCAGUUGUCUUCGCAUAUGACAAACUGGAUGAAUUGGCGCGAAAACAUGGAAAACGAUUCAUGAUCGAAGGUAAGGAGCGUAAUUUACUGUGCCGCUUGUACUUGUAGGCUCGUAUCAUGCUUCUUUUGUUUUGUUUUUGAAGACGUCACUCACUCCUGAAGCAAGCUGAAGAUGAGAAAGUUCGAGGUAUGUUGAGAAACUUCCAUUAUAUACACAAUGUUUCGAUAUUGGCGUAAGACAUAAAAUCAAGAAAAUCUACAGCAUACUGCAUACCCGAGUCUGAAAUCCUCGUCGACCAUCAGGUUCUAUCGUUUCCGGUACUCCGAUUGUGAGUCUGAUGCGUAACUUGCCCGCGUGCUCGUACAGCGAAAUCAGUGGUAUUUUGAACGGAACGUGCAACUACAUGCUCACGAGUAUGGAAUUUGAUGGCGUUGAGUUUGACCAGGCGUUGAAGACUGCCCAGGAACUUGGGUACGCAGAGGCCAACCCCAGCUUUGAUAUCGGUGGCGGCGAUGCACGCGCCAAAGCGAUUAUCCUCACCAAGAUGCUCAAAGACCCAUUCCCGACAGACAAAAUUGUCCUAGAAGUACCGUUAAAAGAAUCGUCGAUAAUGUGUGAUGUAGAGGAACAGGAACAAUGCGUCUACUUGUAUCUGAUGCUCCUGACAGAAAAGGCUUGUUCCAAUUAUGGUUUCAUCUUCAUCUAUGUUGUAGCUCAUCCACUGCAUCAAUUAAAAAUUUCAAUAGGGCAUCACCGGCGUAACGAAGGCUAUGGUUGACGAAGCCAAGGCUGCAGGAAAGCGCUACAAACUCGUCUCGACAUUAAAAUUCAAUGCCAGCACGCAACAGAUCACGUCGAUCGAGGUGAAACCGCAGGCCUUGUGUGUCAAGACGGACUCACUCGCUAAUGUCGGUGGUGCACUCAACGCCUUGAACUUCAAGACCGAUAUGCUCGGACCAGAUCUCACAAUUAUCGGGCCAGGGGCGGGCAAGAUUGAGACAGGCUACAGUCUCUUCACCGACCUCAUGUACUUGUGCGAUGUCGGCAAGGCAUUGCCGUAAAGUGGAAGAGAUUUCACAUACACAGUAACGAAUCAGUAUCUACUAUCUAAACAGCGCCCAUGAUGUAUAGUUGUUGUAAAAGUGGUUGGGUAGGUCUACGUCUUUGAGCAUCAUUGUCAAGACUGUUGCUCAAUAAGAGUGUCAUAGUUGAUCCUCGUCCCUCUACUAGCUUCUAUAGUACCAAUGCUUCGUUCUUCUACUUUAGAAAAGGAUAGGCAGAAUAGUAUUGGUUGUAGUUGGAUCUAAAUAUAUGUAUAUAUGAUCCAGGGCUUGGGGCUGCCGGUACCCCCCCUAGCGGGGGGGGGUACCGCCAGCCCCGGACCCCUUUGGGAGGCGUCUGCCGGGGGUGGAAGGCCUCUGAAGGCUGCAAAAGCCGAGGGGCUGGACCCCCUGAGCCGUGCAGCUUGUUCCCUCCGGGCCCUUGGGCAUUGGCUUGCUUGCUCUUGCGACCGGGGCCGCCCUCGGCGGCCUUUUACCCUGGAGACCUCCCGCCUGCGAGGGUCAGCAAAGGCCAGGAGGUCCCGGAGAAACCGGCUGAGAGGCUCAAGGGGAGACCCGCGCCAAGUUUGGACGCCUUCCCUCACUAGAUUCCGCGCCGAAAUGCGCGCGGAAAAGCGCGCGCGCCACCACCGACCAGACCACAGGGGGGGGGAGGGGGGCGCCGUCCAGCCCUAAAUCAUAUAUUGGGCCCGGAGGGAACAAGCUGCACGGCUCAGGGGGUCCCGCCCCUCGUCUUUUGCCGCCUUCCGAGGCCUUCCACCUACUUACGUCGGCGGCCUCUUCUUGUGGAGAGCCAAGCACCUGGAACGAAGGGAGCCAAGGAGGCCACCUGGCCCCCCUUUGAGGCCUUCCACCCCCGGCAGCCCCAAGCCCUGGAUCAUAUAAUAUAAUUAUUAAAAUUACGAUUAUCCAAUCCUCUUCCUCAGAAUGAGAAUGUGUCGUACUACAUGAAAAUAACAUAUUUAUGACUAAUCUGCGAAACCCUUGUGAAGAAGUCUGUUGCGUUAGCGUCCAAGACCACGAACAAUUUUGAUUUCAUGUUUUUUUGAAGAACUUUUACUUGUUCAACUUUAACUUUUUAGAAGAAUAGAUAGGUGCAUCAGCUGCAUCAGUAACUAAGAAGAAUGAAUGUCCUCGCUUUCGACUACUGCGAAGGAAUACACGCAGUAUCCAUAUUUGCAGACAAGCAUCAGCGCCAGCGGAUAGCAGAGCACGGGGCAGCUCGCGCUCGUCUUCUUGCUCGCCAUCGUGGGGAACUUUAUCGAUAAAUUUUGAAAUUUCAGAGUUUAACAUUAUAGCCCUAGACCAAUUGCAUCAAGAACAACAAGUCGCGCAAUAUGAAGGUCCAUCCGUCUUAGAAUGGAAGAUGAAACACGCACGACUCAGACACUCUUCAUCUGGAUGUUAUGCCUUGUGCAGGUCAAGGUAUUGCUAUUUUUGAUGGGGAAUGCUAGUUGUUGCCGAAGUGGAUGUACCGAGGGGAUAAGUCAUAGAUCGAUGAUGCUCUAUUGUCAAAGUCAAUGUGGGAAAGCUAAGCUCGAAAGGGAAAGCAUAAACGCGCGAACGGCCACGCGUUUGCGACGUUCUCGAGGACAGAUUCAAAACGAGUAGAACAG